GUCAAAAAUUAAUUAAUAAAAACAUAAAGAAGUCCACCAUCCGAGUCACUACAAUCUUAAAGAGAAUGAUCAUAAAUGCAACCUUCUCUGCUUCCUGUUUUUUUAAUUUUAAUUUCCAACUUCAAGUUUUUCUUUUCUUCUGCUUGUUGAUAUCUUAGCUAGAAUAACCUCCUCCUCCUCCUCCUCCUUCUUCUUCUUCUUCUUCUUUCUUCUCUCUCAAACCCAAAUCUUCCAUUUCUUUUCUGUCCAAUUCUGAUGGCUUCUUCUUCUUAUUCUUUGCUUUUCUUGUUGCUAUUAAUGUUAUCAAGGCGCUGUUACGGUUUUGGCACUUUCGGGUUCGAUAUUCACCACCGGUAUUCGGAUCCCGUCAAAGGGAUAUUAGCUAUCGAUGACUUGCCGGACAAGGGUAGUCUGCAGUAUUAUGCUUCUAUGGCUCACCGUGACCGAUUAAUCCAUGGCCGUCGACUUGCUACUUCUGAUGAUUCGACGCCACUCACUUUCUUUGAUGGCAACCAAACUUAUGGGAUCAGUUCUCUGGGAUUUUUAUAUUACGCUAAUGUUUCAGUUGGGACGCCAGGUUUAUCAUUUCUUGUAGCACUAGACACUGGCAGUGAUCUCUUCUGGUUACCAUGUGAUUCUUGUAGAAGUUGCUUCCAUCGCUUACAGAACCCAUCCGGGGAGGAUAUACCCCUUAAUGUGUACAGUAUUAAUGAAUCAUCAACAGGCAAAAAGGUCCCCUGGAACUCCUCCUUGUGUUCGCAACAAAACCGAUGCUUCUUUGCUCAAAGUGAUUGUUGUUAUCAAGCGUUAUAUCUUUCUGAAAACACUUUAUCAAUUGGGUUCUUGGUUGAGGAUUUAUUGCAUUUAACUACAGAUGACACUCAACAGAAAGCUCACAACGCAACCAUCACAUUUGGUUGUGGUGAAAGGCAAACAGGUGCAUUUUCGGACGGUGCCGCUCCCAAUGGCUUAUUUGGGCUUGGUAUGGGUAAUUUAUCUGUUCCUAGUACCUUAGCAAGAGAAAGAGCGACUUCCAAUUCCUUUUCCAUGUGUUUUGGACCCGAUGGAAUUGGGAGAAUCAGUUUUGGAGAUACGGGAAACUCAUACCAAGAACAUACACCUUUCAAUCUGAUGCAGUCAAACCCAACUUAUAACAUCAGCAUCACUAAAGUAAAAGUGGGUAGGUAUGAUUCUGAUCUUGAAUUCACUGCAAUUUUCGAAUCUGGUGCCUCAUUUACAUACCUAAAUGAACCAGCGUAUUCCUUUAUAUCUGAGAGUUUCAAUAACCAGACAAAAGACAAGCGCUAUUCAUUUGGUUAUGGUUUACCCUUUAAAUAUUGUUAUGAGAUAAGCUCAUAUCAAGACGAUGUGGAGGUUCCAAUUCUAAAUCUAGUUAUGGAAGGUGGAAGCCAAUUUAAUGUCACUGACCCGAUAGUAUUACUUAGCCUUCCAGAUAAAGCACGUGUAUAUUGUCUUGGUAUUGUCAAAAGUGAAAAUGGGAAUAUCAUUGGACAAAAUUUCAUGACGGGUUAUCGUAUAGUUUUUGAUCGUGAAAAGAAUGUGUUGGGUUGGAAACCAUCAAACUGUUAUGAUCUUUCAGACAGCAACACUCUACGUGUCAACCCGACAAGUCCUGGAGUGUCACCAGCUGCAUCUGUUAAUCAAGAAGCCACCACAGGGAAUGGCAACAAUUCUAAUGUCUUUAGGGAGCCGCUACCGCCAGCGAAUCAUUCACCUCAAUUGAACCCUUUCAUUUUUGCAUUUAUAACGGUUCUCAUCUCAUUCUUUACCGCUGUUUGAUUCUUAGUUAUUUUUGGUUCCUGAUGCAUUUCUAUAUCCCUGUAUUACGUACCCAAUUCACACAGGCAUUUCUUCCAGCUAUAGUUACACAGAAAAUGGGAAGCAUUAUUGGCUUCCUAUAGAAUUUUUGGUCUUAGCAAAUCUGAUUUUAUCCUGUGGCUGUAAUUAUCUCUAGAUAGAAAUGUAGUAAUGUUCCAUUUGGGUUACGAAUUCUUUGGAGUUAACAGCUCUUUUUGUAAUCUAGUUACUGUACUAUUAAUCUAAGACAGAUAGAUACCUUUUAGGGUUAA